AUGUCCUUCUCCUCUCUGGUCCAGGACCUCGCCUUUCGCGAUUCUCCUUCUCAGCCCAAUCCCCGAGCAAGCGCAAGCACCAUAGCUAGUAAUGACAACCAAUCGACGAUUUCCCGCCCCUCACAAGCUCGUUCGUACGCCUCGACUGCGGCAACGAGCUCACCCGCUGUCGAGAGCAUGGCAGGCCGAGAGACAAUUAACCAAGGCAUGUCGAGAAUAAUCCAAUGUAUCCAUCAGCGCCCACCGUUUUGGCUAACCGGCACGCAGUCAAUGCUGAUUUAUCCCCUCUUCAUCACCGACAACCCGAACGAAGUAACUCCCAUCCCUUCCUUACCCAACCAAAACCGCUUGGGAUUGAACAAACUUGUUCCCUUCCUGACCCCUCUCGUCCAAAAGGGUUUGCGCUCGGUCAUUCUGUUCGGCGUGCCCCUCGCCCCGACAGCAAAAGAUGCCCUAGGUACCGCCGCUGACGAUCCCGAGGGACCUGUGAUCAAGGGUAUCCAAUUAAUCCGUCGCUGUUUUCCUCAAAUUUUCGUUGUCGCAGACGUCUGCCUCUGCGAAUACACAUCUCAUGGGCACUGCGGGAUCCUGCGUGAAGACGGAAGCCUGAACAACGCCAUGUCCGUGGAGCGGAUAUCCGAUGUGGCGAUGGCCUACGCUCACGCUGGCGCGCACUGUGUGGCGCCUUCAGACAUGAAUGACGGUCGCAUCCGCGCCAUCAAACUGAAAUUGAUUGAAUCCGGCCUGGCACACCAAGUCAACCUGAUGAGCUACGCGGCUAAAUUCUCCGGUUGUCUGUACGGACCAUUCCGUGAUGCAGCAGGUUCGUGCCCAUCAUUUGGCGAUCGCAAAUGCUACCAAUUGCCUCCCGGAGGUCGUGGAUUGGCACGACGCGCCAUCGCAAGAGACAUUCAAGAGGGUGCGGACAUCAUCAUGGUGAAACCUGCCUCGUCGUAUUUGGACAUCAUCUCAGAUGCGAAGGAGAUUGCAAAGGAUAUGCCCAUCGCCGCCUACCAAGUCAGUGGCGAAUAUGCAAUGAUCCAUGCCGGAGCCAAAGCCGGUGUUUUUGAUUUGAAGACCAUGGCCUUUGAAAGUACAGAGGGGAUCCUCAGAGCGGGGGCUGGGAUCGUCGUGAGUUACUUCACACCCGAGUUUUUGGAUUGGUUGAGUGCAUGA